AUGCUCGCUCAAAUGGCUGCAACUGCAGGAUCCGUCGCCGUUGGAUCAACCAUUGGACAUGGUCUCUCGAGUAUGCUCUUUGGUGGCUCAAGCACCCCUGCGGCACCUACUUCGGAAGCUACGCAGGCUCCUCCUGCCCUUAGAAAUCAGUCGGGGGUGAAUUGCGAGGUUCAAGCAAAAGAUUUCACUCAGUGCCUCGAGAAAGCUGAUCUACCUUCGUGCACUUGGUAUCUCGAGCAACUAAAGGCUUGCCAAGCUGCUGCUGCUCCCUAUUGA